AUCACGUUGCACGUGGGAGGCACGUGUGAUCUCUGGCGAAAAAUGCCUGGUUUGGUUCAGGGCUAUUGAAAAGCACUUCCUCUUUCGCGUUUGGUGCUUCUUUUGCGAAUCUUUUGCUUUCCGAGCGCUUCGAUGGCGGCGAUGAAGAGAGGAGCCAAGCGCGCAGCCUUGUCCGACCUCGCGCCGGAGCCUAUCGAUACGUCGCUGCGAAGUAAAAGAGUAAUGGAAGCUUUUGAUGUUCACAGGGCGGAGUCUUCCCAUCAGCAUCUGAUGGCAGGGCCCCCAUUAGAUGUCCAACGGGCAGAGUCUUCACGGCAGCAUGUGAGGGCCCUUAACACCCAAUUUGCAAGUUGGGUGCAAUCACAGUUACAAAACCAUCCAGAUGAGCUUUGGGAAGAUGGCGUAAAGGACUAUUUGUCUCAUGCGUCAAACAUAAUGGAGAAAUUUAAAGACAUUGUCGAUUGGCUUAAAGCUAAUGUUGCAAAGUCUGCAAGUAUACCCACUAGUUCUGCUAUUAGUGACCAGAAGAUCACUGUGGAUGUGCCAGAGAAUUAUAAUACCACAACACAAGCUGCCACAAACAAUGGAUUUGUUAAAGAGACUCCAUUUACUAGCUUUUCAAAUCCCCAGAGUUCAGGUUUCUUAUCUACUUCAAAGAGCUCGGGAUUGUUUUCUUUCAGUCAACCUCCAGCCCCCACUGUAAAUGAAACCCAAACACACCCACAAGCUGAAGCUUCAGGUGAUAUAGAUAAAGAAAAUGAUUUGGAGCAGCCAAGCAGCCCAUCUUUGAAGAAGACCGAGGAGAAAGGAGUUGUGGUUGUGCAUGAAGCCAAGUGCAAAGUUUAUGUGAAGCCAGAUAAUCCUGCAGAAAAGGGCUGGAAAGAUAUGGGAAUGGGCCAGCUCUCCAUCAGAUGUAAAGAAGGGGCUGAGAAGGCCUCGAAGGAGUCUAAACCUAUAAUUGUUGUUCGAAAUGAGGUUGGAAAAAUUUUACUUAAUGCACUGAUAUAUCCAGGAAUAAAGAUGAAUAUUCAGAAGAACACUAUUGCCACAAUAUUUCAUACCUUGGGUGGUGGGCCUGCCAAUGGCACUGACACUGACACUGACAAGGAGGUUGCUGUAGCUCGGACAUACUUGCUUAGGAUGAAAACAGAAGAAGAAACAACUAAGCUAUCAGCGGCAAUUAAAGAACAUGCUCCAGCGGCAUGAUACCAGCAAUUGAAGAAUAUCCAUUUUCUCUUAGCACAAUGAGUGCAUAUAGAGUUUGCUGGGUGCUCUUUAUUUCCCAAUCAGUUAUAUACCCCUGUUGUCCAUGAGGUUUUGAAUCCUAUCCCUGCAGGUGAUCUUGCCCGAAGAAAAAGUUUUGUUCACCAUUUUGAAUUUGGUUAUACCUUGAUCAGAUGUUUUCAUCAUGCUUAAGCAAGUUGAAACUCUAUUUGUUUCAGUAUCAGUGUUUAAAUUUGUGUAGUCAUUUCAUGAGGAUAUUUUCCUAUGGGAAACGUGGAGAAUUUGGUGCUGAUAUUCUUAUGA